AUGGAUUUCAACACGAUCGAAACCCCCCAGUCUAACGCGACUGGUCAGCCUUUCACCAGUGCCUCAUCAAGCCACUACAACACUACUUCGAUCGAAGCCUGCCGUCCGACGAGUUCCGACCCGGUCUUUCAACCCGACGGCAACGAUCAGCACGCCCCCAGCAGUAGAGACAGCGACGAUAGGGUAGAGAGAGACAAUAUACCUGACGUAAAAAGCGAUGGGCUCGAAGCUAUGGAUCACGGUGAUUUCAAGGGCAUGUACGCCGAACGGGAUGACCGGCUGUUGGAUGGCUACUUUUCCAGACUUGGCAGCAAAAUUCAACAUGCCAAAGACAAAAAGGCUCGCAAGCUGGCCCAGCGUCGCCGUCUCUUGCAGGAUGGGAAGAGGUAGAUAGAUCAAAGCUGAGCGGGAAAGCCCACUUGGCAAGUUGACGCUGCGAGGAGUGUUGGGGCUCAUGGAAGUGCUGAGAGAGUAUUUUCCAUCAGAGUAUGGCAGAAGGCAUUUUCAACGUCUCUCUGGUACUUUUGAAGCGAGGACGACCUACAUAAUUCCCCUUACCCAGCUUGGUGCUCAUCAUCAUCAAUAAUCGUCUAUUCUCAGUCAUGCUCUCCCCGAACGCCUCCACUCCUCCUCAAUGACUGAUUCAAUCACAACCCAAGCACAUGUACUCUCUCCUACGAAUAGCCUACUUUCCUGAGCUCCAUU